GCGACUUUCCCACUUGCCUUCUCCCAUUCUUCCUGGCAAAACAAACUGCAUUAUCAUGACAAGUGCUGACGAUAGGAUUUCUGUGGAUCUGGAACCGGCUACUCUGCUGUCAGUGAAAGAGGAGAACGGAAUCGUUACCAGGGUGUACAUCGCCCCCUGUUCCAGGCCGAGAACUAAGAAGGCUCAGGCUUUUCCCGAGGAAACAACUCUGCUUUUCCACUGUUCGUAUUGUGGCAAUGGCAUUCGCACGGCCGGCGCUUUCAAGGUGCAUUUGCUGGCCUGCCAGCGACGUUCUGAAAGAAUGCGAGAGAGCGGAAUAGUAAUGCCACAGCUGCGGUGCAACGUGUGCAACAAAAACUUCGCUUCCGUGGAGUCCCUAGUCAGCCAUAGACUUCGCCACAGCUAUUUUCAAACGAAACAAAAGUGCGCAGUCUGCGAUGUAAGCUUCGAUACGGAACCCGAGUAUCGCGCUCACUUGGAGAGUCAUCUGAGGUCCAAAAAGAACAGGGGAUCCAAUUCGUCGGUCACCAAGAUCUUCAACUGCUUCUUCUGUCAAAAGCCGUUCUUGGCCAGCUUUCAACCCGGUCAAGUGACCCGUCGGUACGGCUGCGAUGAUUGCAUCCAGAAACUCAAGACCAAGGAGGCGGAGAAGGAAGAAACCAAGCCUGUCAAUAGAAAGCCCGAUUAUAUGUGCGAUCGCUGCGGGCGAAGGUACAAAUACGAGGGUUUUCUCAACCGUCAUUUAAAUGGAUGUAAAGGGGCUCCCAAGCUCCACGGAAUACGCAAAGCUAAAAACAAAAAAGACAGCUAACAUUUAAUAAAUUUUUGUUUUAUGAAUUUUUUUAUUAUAC